CCUUGCGGCUCGGAGGGCGGCGGGGCGCUGAUCUGUACCGAGCUGAGGGGAUCCGGGGGCUGAGGGGUCUGAGAGGACGCCGUGGCAGUGAGGGGACCCUGUGGCACUGAGCGGCCCGGUGGCACUGAGGGAAUCCCGUAGCACUGAGGGAAUCCCGUAGCACUGAGGGGAUCCCGUAGCACUGAGGGGAUCCGGUGGCGCUGAGGGGUCUGAGAGCACGCGGUGGCAGUGAGGGGAUCCUAUGGCACUGAGGGGUCCGAGGGGAUCCGGUGGCACUGAAGGGAUCCUGUGGCACUGAGGGGCCCAGCGGCACUGACAGGCCCCGCCGGCUAAGGGGAUCCUGUGGCACUGAGGGGCCUGGUGGCACUGAGCAGUGCGGUGGCACUGAAGGGCCCAGGGGCACUAAGGGGCUUUGCCGGCUGAGGGGAUCCGGUGGCACUGAGGGGAUCCGGUGGUACUGAGGGGAUCCUAUGGCACUGAAGGGCCCGGUGGCACUGAGGGGUCUGAGAGGACGCGGUGGCACUGAAGGGAUCCUGUGGCACUGAGGAGCCCCGCUGGCUGAGGGGAUCCUGUGGCACUGAGGGGAUCUGGUGGUACUGAGGGACUGAGGGGAUCCGGUGGCACUGAGGGGAUCCUAUGGCACUGAGGGGCCCGAGGGGAUCCGGUGGCACUGAGGGGCCCGGUGGCACUGAGGGGCCCGAGGGGAUCCGGUGGCACUGAGGGGAUCCAGUGGCACUGAGGGGCUCGGUGGCACUGAGGGGAUCCGGUGGCACUGAGGGGCUCGGUGGCACUGAGGGGAUCCGGUGGCACUGAGGGGCUCGGUGGCACUGAGGGGAUCCGGUGGCACUGAGGGGCCCGAGGGGAUCCGGUGGCACUGAGGGGCCCGGUGGCACUGAGGGGAUCCGGUGGCACUGAGGGGCUCGGUGGCACUGAGGGGAUCCGGUGGCACUGAGGGGAUCCGGUGGCACUGAGGGGCCCGAAGGGAUCCGGUGGCACUGAGGGGAUCCGGUGGCACUGAGGGGAUCCGGUGGCACUGAGGGGCCCGGCCGGCUGGGGGGAAGCGGAGCCGCCUGACGGUUGCUGCCCGCCCGACGCCGUUGCCACGGAGACGGCCAUGGCAGCAAUGGCGGCCGCUGGGCCGGGCGGGGGUCUGCCCGCGGCCCCCGAGCCCGCGGCGUCCCCCAGCUCCUCAGAAAGUACUUCCUUGGAUGAAGACAGUCUUCCCUAUCCUGGGAUGCUACCAGUAGAUAAAAGGCUUCUAUGCUUACAGAUCUACAAACUUCUUCAGUGUGUUCAUGAGAAAGACAAGAAGCAAAUAGAAAAUCUGCUCCAGAAAGGAUUCCCAGAUCUCAUAAACUACACAGACCCUAAGAAAGGAUAUAGUGCCUUUCACUUGGCUGCCAUGAAAAAUGACAUUGAAAUGUGCCGCUUCCUGCUGGAGCACGGAGCCCGUCCAAACGUGCACGACAAAAUGGGACGCACUCCAGCCAUGAAGGCAGCUGAGCGGGGCCAUGAGGUGAUUUUGGAAUUAUUAGCAAAAGCUAAUGCAGAUAUGACUGCUGUGGAUAAUGAAGGGAAAGGUAUUUUGUUUUACUGCCUUUCACCUACAGAACGCCACAACCACUGCUUGCAAAUUGCCUUGGAAUAUGGUGCAGAUGUCAACAACUGUACUACUACAGGGAGGUCUGUGCUUCUAGAAGCCUGUGAGCAAGCUCAGAAGGUUAAAAAAAUGUGCUUGAUUUUCUUGGAGAAAGGAGCAGAUCCCAAUGCACGAGACCCGGCCACGUGGCGCACGGCCGUGAUGGAAGCUGCCAGGGAAGGCGCUGCCGAGGUGGUGCAGGAUCUGCUUCGGAGGGGAGCCGAUGUGAACCUCUUUGACUUCGAAAGGCACAGCGCCGCACAUUUCGCAGCCAAAGGAGGCUUUUUAGAGAUUCUGACGAUUCUUUCAGGUUAUAAUGCAGACUUGAAACUGAUUGCUAUGAAUGGUAACAGUCCACUUCAUUAUGCUGCAGAGGGAGGAUUUGCAGAUUGCUGCAGGUAUAUAGGACAAAGAGGCUGUGAUCCUACAUGGUCAAACUUGGCAAAUCUGACCCCGAGGGAGCUUGCCAAGCUCGGUGGGUUUAAGGCAGCAGCAGCGGUAUUGCGCAAAGUUGAGAAAGCCUCGAAGAAAGCCUCUAAGAAACCCGAUGAGACCCUUGCCUGGUACCUGAAGGUGUACGACUGGUCCUUGCAGCACGAGGAUGCCAUCCGCAAGGAGUUUGAGACUGAGGAGAAGGAAGAAGAAGAAGAAGAAGAAGAAAGGAUGGUAUCCAGGAGUGAUUUUAUUUCAGUUAUUCGGAAGCACUGGGGCACUGUGGACGAGGAACAAAUAGAAAUUCUUGCUAAAAAGCAUGAAGUAUCUGCUGACAGGAUCAGACUUGACGAUUUUUUUAAAGGCUCAAAGUACUUGCAGAAAACCUUUCUGCUAUCAUCUUUUGGGCCCAAAGGAAAGAAGAAGAAGACGAAGAAACCACAGAGAAAAAAAGGCAAGAAAGGCCUCCCUGUGCCCAUUUGUGUAAUCCCAAAGAGUGAACGUCCUCUUAGGGAAGAUGGCAUCCCUACCUACAUGAUUGAGGCUGUCCCACACAUUCCUGAAGAGCAGCGCUUCAAACGGGAACACCAAGCCACCCAUCCCAUGCUUGAUGACCGUGUCUGGUAUGUAGAGGAGCCAAGGAAAAUCCUCAUGGAUAUCAACUACCUCGUCAAAGAAAGAGACUUUGUGUCUCUGCAGAAAGCCUUCGACGAGGGUGUGCCAGUAGACAUAAAAGAUAGAUAUUACAAAACACCUUUGAUGGUUGCAUGUGCAGGUGGCAACAUAGUUCUUGUGGAGUUUCUUCUGGAAAAGGGGGCUGAUGUCAAUGCAACAGACAACUUCCUGUGGACUCCUCUGCACCAUGCUUGCUAUAAUGGGCACCUGGAUAUUGCUGAGCUGCUGGUGAAGGCUGGAGCAUCUGUGAAUGCCCCUGCAAUAGGCAAUGCCACCCCGCUGAUGAGAGCCAUUGAGGCCUGCAGGCUGGACAUGGUCUACUUCUUAAUCACUGCAGGGGCUGAUGUCCAAGCUACAAACACCAGUGGAAGGAGUGUUCUUGAUCUUGCUCAAGUAUUUCAAAAUGAUAAAAUAAUUGAACUGCUUGAAAAUCGACUGCAAAUUUUGAAAGAAGAACAAGAAAAAGAAGAAGCAAUGCAACCAAAAGGUGGGAAGCCAAAACCAGCAGAGCCAGCAAAAUCUGUGAAAGAAGAGUCUGAAGUUGUAUCUGAGCCACCUGAGGAAAACCCUGUUCCUGAAAAGACAAAGCGUUCCCGUAAGGACAGUUCUGCUUAUUGGAAAUCUUUGCAACCGAGAGAAAACAAAAAUGACAUCUCCUUCAGGCCCAGAAAAAUAUGGACCCCUGAUCCCACAGCAAUACAGCUUGCAGAAAAGCAAGAAUCAGUCCAUGAACACGCUAGUCUUUAUGGUUACAUGGAAGAUUUUACAACCCUCUUCAACAGAAAAUUUGAGACGUAAGCACAGCAUCUGGAAGAAGCUACUUCAGCAUAUAUUUUGAGGAGACAAAGAUGUAAAAUGUUACUCCUUUGCAAGGAAGGAAUUGUGCAGUGUUCAGUAAAUAUAUCUCAGUUACUCUAAAAGAAAAUUAUAUCAAGUUUUUCCUCUA